CCCGAUCUGCAGAUGGCAGUAUCGAAGGUUCAACGUGGUCCUUUGCAGUGUAGUUUUGGAGAGUAGAAGAGCUUUUCCCCUUCACACCGGAAGUGCACUUGAAGAUCACUUCUAGGCGUAAAGGUCUAUUAGCAGAUGAGCAUGGGAGCUGAUAAAAGGCCCAGUCGGGGAGAACGCAGUGGGAGAUAUGGCUCAGAUGGCCCGAGAGAUGAUCCACAUAGACAUGACAAGCAUAGUCGUGAUGCUGAGCGAGAUUACAAGCGUCAAUGGGGGGAUGACAAAGCGAGGGAUCGCUUUGACGACUGCAGAGAUAAUCGAGAGAGAGGUCGAAAACGGCACAACAGUGACAGAUCAGAUGAUGAAUACGAUGGUGACUAUGCAGACCAUGACUACAGAGGGGAACAAGAGGAAGAGGAAGAGGAGGAGGAGAACAAGACAAUCAUGCUCCGGGGUCUCACUCUUCAUGUGACAGAGGAAGAUAUCCGUUCAGCACUGGAGAAGCUGCCGGGUCCCCAGCCGGUGGAUGUCCGCUUGAUGAAGAAAAGGACUGGUAUAAGCCGAGGUUUCGCCUUCGUGGACUUUUAUCACUUGCAAGAUUCUACCAAGUGGAUGGAGACCAAUCAGAAUAAACUGGUGAUCCAGGGGAGGAACAUCGCGGUGCACUACAGCAACAGGAAGCAGAGGUUUGACAACUGGCUCUGCAGCACUUGCGGUCUUUACAAUUUCCGGAAGAGGCUGAAGUGUUUCAGGUGCGGGGCAACUAAAACUGAUGGAGACGUAGCAACCGGUUCAAACGCAGAGUCUCAGCAGUCUUGGGAAUACAGUGGCGACACAAUAAUUCUGAGGAACCUUCCCCCAACCUGCAAUGUCGAUGAGAUUUUGAAGGCUUUGGCUCCCUUCGCCAACUUGUCUCCGUGCAACAUCCGCUUAAUCAAAGACAAGCAGACAGGACACAAUCGAGGCUUUAGCUUUGUUCAGCUAUCCUCUCCCUUGGAAGCUUCACAGCUGCUCACCAUUCUCCAGGGCCUCCAGCCACCUCUGAAGAUCGAUGGUAAAACCAUUGCUGUGGAUUACGCCAAAAGUGCGAGGAAAGAAUCGUCGCAGGCAGAUGUGAUCAGAAACAGCGCACUUUCAGUUGCCAGCACAGCCAUCGCUGCAGCUCAGUGGUCAGCCAGCCAGGUAAAGCAAGGUUCAGGUGCCAUCUCAGAUGUAAUUACCCCUCUCGAGAGCUAUGCUCAUCAAACACAGGCACAGAAUUUUCAAGUGUGGCAGCAACAACCAGAACGAUUGGCUACUGUCACUGGGGAUGGAUUGCUGGGAGCUGCUCCAGGAGUGAAGAAUAUGCUCCCUGCAGGUGUAAUCUUGCCUCAAGUUUUCCCACCCGUCAUUAUCAACCAGGCUGCCAUACAUUUGGCGGCACCACUCGAUGCAAGCCAACUGGCGUCUAAUUUUGCUACCCCGUCACUGGUCCCAGCAGCAGCCAACAUUGCCAUCCACAACACUGGGACUGCUGCCCCGGACACUUCCACAUACCAGUAUGAUGAGUCUUCUGGUUACUAUUACGAUCCAAACACUGGCCUGUACUACGACCCUAACAGUCAGUACUACUACAACUCUGAAACGCAGCAGUAUGUCUACUGGGACAAUGAGAAACAUGCCUACGUUCCUGCGCCACCUGCAUCAGACACAAAGAGCUCUGCUGCUUCCUCCUCAACAAGCGGCACCAGCAACAAGGAGCCUAAAGAGAAGAAAGAAAAGCCCAAAAGCAAGUCAGCACAGCAGAUCGCAAAGGACAUGGAGCGUUGGGCAAAGACCUUAAAUAAGCAAAAAGAAAGUUUUAAAACCAGUGUUCAAACAGUGGGGGCGCCAAGGGAUGAGGAGAAGAAAGAGGCUGCCGAUGCGUGUUUCUCCAUUUUUGAGAAGAAGCAGACAGGGGCCUUUGAGAUGUCGCCCCUUCUGAUCGAACACUUGAAGCCGACAGAGCAAGAGACUCCAGCUAAGAGUGCUCCCGUCGUGGCUUACGACAAGGACAGCGAACCCGGGGACAGUGGGUCAGAUCGCAAUGUAGACGACAGCGGCAAAAUAACCGAUUGGGCCAAGCUGGUUUGCCUCCUGUGCCGCCGGCAGUUUCCCAAUAAAGAGGCUUUGCUGCGUCACCAGCAGCUCUCUGACCUUCACAAGCAAAACCUAGAAAUCCACAGAAGGUCCCAGCUCUCUGAAGCCGAGCUGGAAGACCUGGAGAGGAAAGAGACUGAGUUGAAAUACAGAGACCGGGCUGCAGAGAGGAGGGAGAAGUACGGCGUUCCAGAACCUCCAAAGAAACUCUUCAAGCGGACUGCCCCAACAAUACAAUACGAGCAGCCCACCAAAGAUGGCCUGACAAGCGAUAACAUUGGGAACAAGAUGCUGCAAGCCAUGGGCUGGCAGGAAGGCAAAGGCUUGGGACGCCACCAGCAGGGCAUCACUGUUCCUAUCUCAGCUUCCUUGAGGACCAAAGGCACCGGCUUGGGAGUGAAAGGAAGCACCCUUGAAAUGCCGGCAUCAGGCAACUAUAAGGAUUCUGUCCGUAAAGCCAUGUUUGCACGCUUCGCUGACAUGGACUGACGAACACAAUCGCAACCCCAACAUAUUUUUUUGAAAACUGUUCCCAUCCGCUUGUCAUGUUCAGGGUUACGCUUAUCCAAACUGUGGAGGGGGAAAAGGCGGACUGUGGUCAUUAUACAAAUAUAGACAACCAUUCACAGUGUCAUCCACAUUCAUAAUCACUAAACAGUAAUCGAUCCUCCGUAACAAUGUACAGUUGAAUUCACAUUAUAUAUUUGUAAUGGCAUUUUGUACAUGAUUUUAUCUUUCCAAAUGUCAGUUUCAGUUACGCAAACGUGUACAAGGGUUUGUAAGCAAAGGUGUGCGGUUUUGAAGCAAUAUGACAAUUAAAAAAAAUCUUUUUGGUCA